AUGGCCCUAGUGAGGGUGGAAUGUGUGGGUCGUGACAAUAGGCACUUAAUUGAUGACUCCAUCUGCCCCUGUUGCAAUUCGGCUACUGAGUCCAAUAUCCAUGUCGUGAUUACUUGCCCAAGAGUGCAGCAACUCUGGGUAAACAGUGGCUGCGUGAAAGCUCUAGAGCUAUGUGUGUCUGGUUCCUUUGGUGAAGUGUUGAUGGCAUGGGCUAAGGACCUCGAGAAGGAGAUGUAUCAAAAGAGAUUAUUUCUCACUUGGUUUAUUUGGUACCGUCGAAACAAAUGGGUCUUUGAGAAUAAUCUAGAGCCCGAUGUUGCCUUGCUUCUCCGCCAUAGCAGACUUGUUUGUGAUUUUGGUGAGUACACGGAGAAGAUUUAUGGUGGAAUCUUGCAACCACAAACUCCGGCAGGAAGAAUGGUAUGGACUCCACCUCCUCCUAAUGCUAUUAAACUUAAUGUUGAUGCAUCUAUUGAUGAGGCAGGAUGGGUGGGUUUUGGGGCCAUUGCUCGUGAUCACAGUGGACAGGUGCUUUUCUCGGCUGUUCGUAGAGUCAAAGCGAGAUGGGAUGUUUUAAUUGCUGAGUGUAAGGCUGCUCUGUUUGGUCUUAAAAAGGCAAAGGAACGUGGUUUUGACAAUAUAAUUCUUGAGUCUGACUCCUUGCAGCUCGUGUCCAAGCUAAAGAAGAGUGCUUUCUUAUUUUCUGAUGUGGAUUGUAUUUUAGAGGAUAUUAUAUCCUUAAGCUCUUGCUUUACUUCUAUUAUAUGGUCUCAUGUUAAGCGUGAUAGGAAUUUAAUUGUCCAUCACCUAGCUAGGUUAGUGCCGUUGGGUUUUGAACAAUGUUGGGACUAUCUUGUUCCGGACGAGGUUGCCCCGUAUGUACUUUUGGAUACUCUCUCAAUGAAUUAA